AUGAAUACUUCUGAUUGGAUGAAAUGCAAUUCUACAAUCCAGUUAAAACCAAUUACUAAGAUUGGAAUGGUUGGAAGCCAUGAUAGUGGAACAUCUACUAUUUUACCACAAUAUGGAAUUACUCCUUUUACAAUAUUUCCCAAGAAACAUCGUUCAUUCAUGAAACGAUGGUCAAAAACUCAACAACUUGGAAUUAAAGAUCAGUGCAUUGCUGGAAUUAGAUACUUUGAUUUCAGAGUUGUUUAUAAUCACAAACUGAAGAACUUUUAUUUACUCCAUGGUUUAUAUUGUCAAUUACUUGAAACAGCCCUUCAGGAUAUUACUUUUUUUCUCACAGAACAUGAUGGUGAAGUUAUUAUCAUAGACAUUAAUCAUUUAUAUCAAAUUAAGUCUUUGAAUAAUUUUCAGUCCCUUUGUCUAUUGAUAGAAAAAUGUUGUUCUAAACAUCUUGUACUUAAUGACUAUAACAAAUUCAUUAUCCCUUUGUCACAACUCGUUCAUAUCAAACAACGUUUGUUUGUGUUCUGCUUAAAUCCUUUUAGACAAAAACUUCCUCUUUAUCUCUUUCCACAAGAUCAGAUUGAUUCAAUUUGGCCAAACAAGAAUGAAACACAAAGAAUGUUAAACAAACUUGAUUAUAACUCUAAGCUUUAUCAAAAUAACCCAAAACUAACAAUAAUUCAAGCGGUUGUUACUCCAUCUAUAAAAAGUAUCAGAAAGAGUUAUUAUACAAAGAAGUAUCCAAACUCAACUAUUAAAAUUGCUGAAAAAACAAAUCCAUUAGUACUUAAAUGGCUUCAGACAUCAUCAACAUUUGUAAACAUACUUCUUAUUGACAAUGUUAAAAUGAAUGACGAAAUCAUUCAUUUUAUGAUUACAAGGAAUAAUUUCAUUGAAAAAUAUUAA